CAGAAUCGGGAUGCCCAUCCCUGGGGUUCGGAGGGAGUGUGGGCACGGUAUGAUGCGUAAUGACGAGCUGCAUUUCUAAUCAUCAGAGAGCUAUAUCUCCACGCGACCGCCAUACCGUUCCAUAGACUGGCGGUCGUGGACUGUUACCUCCUACCUUCCGAAGCUACGCCUGGCUACGUACACAGACGAGAGAGAACGCUAUAACUAUAAACGGCCAAGAGACACAGAAGCAAAGAGAAGCAGAACGCUCGACAAUCAUGGCUCCACCUUCCGAGAUCAAGGCCGUGGUCAUCACCGCACCGGGCAAGGCGGAAGUCAAGACGGUGCCGCUGCCCGCGCUGCCUGAUGACUAUAUCCUGAUUCGGACCACUGCAGUGGCUCUCAACCCAACCGACUGGAAGCACAUCGACGCUGUGCCCAGCGCAGUCGAUGUCGGGGCCGUAGUGGGUUGCGACUACGCCGGCAUUGUCGAACAGGUCGGGCCCAAGGUGACCAAGAAGUUUGCGAAAGGCGACCGCGUUGCCGGUUUCGUGCACGGUUCGAACAGGCUCCGACCCGAAGGAGGGGCGUUCGCCGAGUACAUCAUUGCCAAGGGCGACCUGCAGAUCAAGACGCCGGAUAACCUCAGCGACGUGGAGGCUGCCACGCUGGGUGUUGGUGUCAGCACGGUGGCCCAAGGUCUCUACCAGGCCCUCGGGCUCCCGCUCCCCGGCACCGCCUCGCCGAGCAACCCGCCUCCCGAGAUCCUCAUCUACGGCGGCAGCACCGCGACGGGUCUCCUGGGCAUCCAGUUCGCCAAACUGUCCGGCUACCGCGUCGCCACGACCUGCUCGCCGUCCAACUUCGACUAUGUCAAGUCCCUCGGCGCAGACGGUGUCUUCGACUACCGCUCGCCAACUGUGGUGGACGACAUCAGGGCCUGGAGCAAUGACGCGGACGCCUUGACGCUGGCGUGGGACUGUGUGGCCACCGACGACGCGCCCCGGAUCUGCGCCGCGGCGCUGAGCAAGACCCGCGAGGGCCACUACCGGUCGCUGUUGAACCUGGCGGACGAGGUUACCAAGGCGGUGAACGAGAAGGUGGACAGUGGCUUCACGCUGGCCUACACCAUGUUUGGCGAGCCGCUCGACAAGGGCAGCCCGAUGCCGGCGAUUCCGGAGGACUUUGAGCAUGGCGUGAAGUUCUGGGAGUUGGCGAGGGAAUUGUUGGCCGCCGGGAAGAUCAAACCUGCGAGAGCGGAUGUGAAUCGGGGCGGCAAUGGUCUCGAUGGGGUGCUGGUUGGGCUGAAGGAGCUGAAGGACGGAAAGGUAAGCGGCGCGAAGUUGGUGUAUACAAUUUGAGUGAGGAGUUGGCUGCCGGUUGGGCUAGCUAGCUCGGUGUACACAAUGACUAUGACAUGAACCUAUAU